GUAUAGCCGGGACUAGAACAAAAACCAAGUAGAUACAGACAGAUACUCGCACUCGCAUAAUGAUUGUAUUUUCGCUGCUACUCGUGUGGUGCAUGGCCUGCGCGCAUGCGGAGACCUUGACCGACUUCAACUUGAACCCACUGAAUGCUACGGCCACAGAGCCACCGGGGAUGUGGCGCCAGGCGAAGCGACGCAGCACCCUGGAGGAUACUUGCAUCACCACCAGCGGCGUCACGGGCACCUGUCUCUCCCGCUUCAAGUGCAUGCGGCAGUCGGGCACGGUCAAUGGCUACUGCGGCACCUACGGCGUCUGCUGUGAAACCAACAUGCAGAGCGGAUCGAGCACGCGCCAGAAGCGGAUCAUCAUCAAGAAGCCCGCGACACUGACCAGCGAUCUGACCACCUACACCAUUGAGGCGUACAGCGUCAACGUCCAGCAGCUGCGCAUCGACUUUGAGCAGUUCGAGCUGCAGCAGCCCAUCCUCACGGACGCGAUGCUCGAGUGCCAGGACUACUUCGAGGCGGGCGGCUUCAAGCUGUGCGGCGUCAACACGGGCCAGCACCUCUAUCUGCCCUUCAAUGUGGCCGCCGGCAUCGAGCAGGUGACCCUCACCUUUGCCGUGCCCACAAGCUGGACGGGCACCAACUGGCGUCUGAUCGUGACCCAGCUGGAGGGUCCGGCGGCCAGCACCAAGCGCCGCUCGAGUGCGGCCAGUAGCACCUUCACCGGCAGCACCAACACGCUGCAGGAUCUGCGCAACAUCUUCGCCUCACACCACGCCGACUACGAGCUGCUCGCUCCGGCGGGCUGCCAGCAGUUCUACACAGAGCCGACGGGCACCAUUCGCAGCUUCAACUACCAGGCGAUGCUCGGCAGCAACUAUAUGCCCGAUCUGAACUAUAACAUCUGCAUCAAGUCGGUGGCCAGUGCCAGCAUGAUUGAAUACGCCUUCAGCAAGUUCUCGAUGGCGAUGCAGAUUGGAGAUGCCGAGGGAUAUGACGAGUUCUGCCAUGCCACCGUCCACACGACGGGCCGACAGGAGGACUACCUCAUGAUACCGCAGGGCAUUCUGGCCAAGAACACCGCCUAUCAGCCCACCUACUACUGCGGCACCAAUGACAACCUGCUGGUCUAUGCCUCUCCACCCUACCUCAUGCACUUCUCGAGCGAUGAGCUGACUCUGGACGAGGCCAUGGAGACGGGCUUCAGCCUGACGUAUCGCCUGAGGACCUCCAUCCUGUAGUCGCUGGACUGGCAGUUCGUCUUAAGUGGCCAUUUAAAUAGGUUUUUGAUAGGUUUUUGUAUCAGGUUAUCCUAGAAUUUAAUAAACUAGAUUCCAAUGUC